UGGAGCUCUUGAUUUAUUGAAGGAGCUUAAGAAUAUUCCCAUGACCCUUGAGUUGUUACAGUCUACCAGAAUUGGAAUGUCAGUGAAUGCGAUACGCAAGCAAAGCACAGAUGAAGAAGUUACAUCUUUAGCAAAAUCUCUUAUCAAGUCUUGGAAGAAACUGUUAGAUGGACCUUCAACUGAUAAAGAUUCCGAAGAAAAGAAAAAGGAGCCUGCAUCUUCCUCACAAAACAGCCCUGAAGCAAGAGAAGAAAGCAGUUCAAGUAGCAAUUCCAGCAGCAGGAAGGAGGAGGGUAGCGCUCCCUCAAAUUCUUUCAUCCCUUCUUUCCCCCGGGCUCCAAGCACUUCGGAUUCUGUACGAGUGAAAUGUAGAGAAAUGCUCUCUGCAGCUCUAAGAACAGGAGAUGAUUACAUUGCUAUUGGUGCUGAUGAGGAAGAGCUGGGUUCUCAGAUUGAAGAAGCUAUUUUUCAAGAAUUAAAAAACACUGAUAUGAAAUACAAAAAUAGGGUACGAAGUAGAAUAGCGAAUCUCAAGGAUGCAAAGAAUCCUAACCUAAGGAAAAAUGUGUUAUGUGGCAACAUUCCUCCUGACAAGUUUGCCAAAAUGACAGCAGAGGAAAUGGCAAGUGAUGAGCUGAAAGAAAUGCGCAAAAAUCUGACCAAAGAAGCUAUCAGAGAGCACCAGAUGGCUAAAACAGGAGGUACCCAAACUGAUCUGUUUACGUGUGGCAAGUGCAAAAAGAAGAACUGUACAUACACCCAGGUUCAAACCCGCAGUGCUGAUGAACCCAUGACAACGUUUGUUGUCUGUAAUGAAUGUGGAAACAGAUGGAAGUUCUGUUAGAAGAAGAAAUUGUCAAGACAUCUGGACCAGUAUGAAAGAGGAUUUUGUAAUUAGCUUUAAAAACUAGGCUAAGCAUCUAGCUUCCUGCAAAUAAGAGGGGUUUGGGGGUUUGUUUUCUUUUUUUUGUUGUUGUUUUUUGUUUUUUUUUCAAAGCAGCAUACAUGCCUGAAGUUAGCCUUCUUUAAAUCAUCACUUCUUUAAAUGCCUUCCUAUAGCUGAUAGUCAGUAGGGCCAGGUUGCUCAAUUGUAUGGUGAAUGUUAAAAUAUUUUUUCAUUUUUAUAAGUAAGUUGACAUUAAACUUUUACCAAUUAAACAUUUUGGUAACUGGCUUGGUUUUUUCUAACUAUGUGAAUAAUGUACUGUAUUUUCUGUGGUCUGAAACAUACACGCUCCUCCCGUAUGUAUUUUACUUCUCCACGUUUAUUCAGUUGUAAGAAUGGAUUUUGUUUCUUGCUGCUGUAUUCACUCAUUUUGCAAGGAGAAAAGGUAUCUUAACUUCAUCUAAUUACAUUAAACUCGGUUGUUAACUAAAUCACA